CUCACAACUCUUUGUCAUAGCGUGGGGAGCACUCACCAUCAUCGCCGGCUCAAGUACCAAUUUUGCAAGUCCGGGAAAACUUGCCCACGGAGCUUUUCAGUACGAAUGACGAGUAGAGAGACCUUUUAUGCUUAAUACCUCAGAGCCGCGUCUCCUCUCCCUUUCCACGAUGUCUCCUCACAAUCACCACUCAUCUCACGCAUCGCCAGGGGAGAUACAACCACUGCUGCAUAACAUGGAUAUCGACAAGAAAAACCCCGAUAUAGAAGCUGGCAGGGAGUCGCCCACCAUCGAACCAACACUCCCAACCAACGUCAAGGCUGAGGAUUACGAGAACCGAAAUGUCGGUACUUUGAACCGCAGGCUCAAGUCUAGGCAUGUUCAGUUCCUUGCUUUGUCUGGUGCCAUUGGCACGGGCCUUUUUGUUGGUAGUGGUCAGGUUCUGUCACUUGCUGGACCCCUCUCUGCGUUUUUGGCGUACACUAUCACGGGCUUCAACAUUUACUGUGUCUUGAAUAGUGUUGGUGAGAUGGCAUCAUGGCUACCCAUCCCCGGCCCCGUCCCUAUCUUUGCUGCUCGCUUUGUCGACCCUGCUCUUGGUUUUGCUCUUGCUUGGAACUAUUGGUACCAGUUUGCCAUCGGUGUUCCCAUUGAGGUCACUGUCUCGGCUGUCAUCGUCAAUUACUGGCACCAUAAUAUUCCCCAAGUCGCAUUGAUCACACUGUUCUACUUCACCAUGGUCAUUCUCAACUGUUUACCCGUUCGGAUAUAUGGAGAAGCCGAGUUUGUCUUUGGAGCUAUCAAGUUGUUGACCAUCGUCGGCCUUAUUAUCCUGAUGUUCAUCAUCACUGUCGGCGGCGCUCCAAAUGGUGAGGCUAUUGGCUUCCGAUACUGGAAUCACCCCGGGCCCAUGAAUGAGUACCUCAAAGAUGGUGCGCUCGGACGAUUCCUCGCCUUCAUCAAGGUGUUCAUCACAGCAACUUUCUCCUAUGGUGGCAGUGAAAUGGUCGUCAUGGCUUCCGGCGAGACAGAGAAUCCCCGUCGCAACAUCCCCAAGGCCAUUCGCCGUGUCUUCUGGAGAAUCGCUAUAUUCUACGUUCUCUCCAUCUUCCUCGUCGGUCUCUGCGUCUCAUCCAAAGACCCCAACCUUCUCAACGCCAUCAACAAGUCAGCUCCUGGCGCCGCUCAAAGCCCUUUCGUCAUUGCCAUCCGCAACGGCGGCAUCAAGAUCCUUCCCUCCAUCAUCAAUGCUGUCAUCCUCACGUCUGCCUGGUCUUCCGGCAAUUCUCUGUUCUACGCCGCCACUCGAGUACUCUAUGCCGCGGCGCUUGAUGGCAAAGCACCCCGUAUUCUAACCUGGGAAAGAUUCGGUGUUCCGUAUCUCUGUGUGGGCGUCACCACCAUCUUUGGGCUCUUGGUGUACCUCAACGUUAGCAACAGCGGCUCAGAGGUCUUCUUCUGGUUCAGUAACCUCAGCGGUGUCGGAGCCCUCAUCAUCUGGGCGAGUGUCUCCUUCACCUACCUCCGCUUCUACUACUGUCUUAGCCACCAUGGCAUAGACCGCAACACUUUGCCAUUUAAGUCACCAUUCCAACCAUUCUUGGCUUACUUCUCCUUCUGCUUCUGUACCAUCGUUGCCGUCUUCAACGGUUUUGAUGCCUUCUUCCCAGGACGUUUCAGCGCAAAGACAUUCCUGCCCCCAUACAUCAACAUCCCCAUUUUCCUUGUCUUGAUCUUCGGUUACAAGUGGAUCAAGAAGUCAAAGUAUGUCAAGUACUCCGAGAUGGAUAUUUGGUCUGGCAAGGCGGAGAUUGAUCGCUUGGAACAUACUUGGCCGAUCGUCCAACCAAGAAACUGGCUCGAGCGCAUCUGGUUCUGGAUCGCUUAAGUUUCCUGUUUCCAACCACAAGAUAUGGAGGCUGUUGUUUUGUAGAUAGUGCUCAGGAUGUAAGAAAAGUUUAGACCAAUGAUUGUGACAGAUUUAUACCAUAUUAACCUGAAC